AUGCGGAGCCGGCUGCUGGCGCGGCUGCGGCGGCGGCGGCUGCGGCGGCUGCUUCUGGCCUUGGGGCUGCUGGCCCUGGGGCUCUGGGCCGCCUACCUGGAGCUGGUGGCCGGCGGGGCCCCCUCGAGCCGCGGAUAUGAGAGCUGGAGAGAACUGGCUAAGGCUCUGGCAGACAGGAAUGUCCCAGCGGGGGACCCAAGCCUCCAGUAUUACUAUCUUCAGAAACUGGGACACCAGAAUGAAGAGCAGCAAAGAGGUGGGAGGAAUAAAUCAAGUUAUGCAUCUGUGAACAACCCUGUACCAUGGAUACCAGAGUUCCAGGGCCAGGCCAACCUGCAUGUGUUUGAGGACUGGUGCGGCAGCUCCACUGAGCAGCUCAGGAAAAACCUCCACUUCCCCCUCUACCCCCAUGCACGAACUACACUAAAGAAACUAGCUGUGUCCCCAAAAUGGACCAACUACGGUCUCCGAAUAUUUGGCUACCUACAUCCUUUUGCUGAUGGGGAGUUUCAGUUUGCCAUUGCUGCGGAUGACAAUGCUGAAUUCUGGCUGAGUCCAGAUGAAAAGAUCUCUGGUCUCCAGCUGCUGGCCAGUGUAGGCAAGACAGGGAAGGAGUGGACAGCACCAGGGGAGUUCGGGAAGUUUCACAGCCAGAGGUCAAAGAUGGUGAGGUUGUCAGCUUCAGGCAGGUACUAUUUUGAGGUGCUGCACAAGCAAGAUGACAAAGGAACAGAUCAUGUGGAAGUAGCAUGGAGACUGAAUGACCCAGAAGCAAAGUUCAAAGUCAUUGACUCCCAAUACCUCUCCCUUUAUGCUAACGAGACGCUUUUAAAAAUGGAUGAAGUGGGGCAUAUCCCGCAGACGUUGGCCAGUCACACAAGCCAACCUGCUGACAACGCAGGCAGCAAGGCACACCCAGCCGACAUGUUGAAGCCUGACCCCCGGGACACUCUUUAUAAAGUGCCUCUGCUCAGUAAGUCACGUCUGCGCCGAACCUUGCCAGACUGCCCUUACAAGCCCAGCUACCUAGUGAACGGAUUUCCUCUGCAGCGCUACCAGGGACUCCAGUUUGUUCAUUUAUCCUUUGUUUACCCGAAUGAUUACAGCCGCCUGAGCCACAUGGAAAAAGACAACAAAUGCUUCUAUCAGGAAAACCCUUAUUACUUGGAAAGAUUUGGAUUCUACAAGUACAUGAAAAUUGACCAGCCAGAGAAGAGCCUGGACUCUGGAGAGAAGACAGAGCAGCCGGGUUUUCAGGAGGGGAACCUGGAUGACCUGCAGUACACGGACCAGGAUGUGGAGAGUACCAGCCCUCCAGGGCACCCUGGUGCACGGAGGGCAGAGCUGGCAGGAAAUGCUCCCAGCGUGAUGGGAGGCUACGAUAAUGUUUACGAGGAUGAUUCCCUCCGCAAGCGUCGUCGGCUCCUCUCAGUUACAGACAGCAACAUAGGAGAGGCACUACAGAGCAAAGGGGCAAGGAGGUCUGGCAUAAAAGCAGCCCUGUUGGCCUCCGCCAAUCAAAGCCUCAGCCGAACUGGCCUGAAGAGGAACCCACUAAUGAAGAAACCCUAUUUAAAAGCUGGAGUCAAAGACAACACUACAAGCCCUCCACAGCAUGCCAGACCUCUCCCAGAGGGAGCAUCAGUCAAAAAGACACGGGGAAACCCUACUUCUCUGACGUCGUCUCUAAAGGAGCAGCCUCUUGGUGGCUCCAAGGAGUCAGCCAGCAAGAUUAGCAAAGGAAUGAAGCCUCUAGUAGAUCUCAAUGCAGCUCACAACCAGCUGCAGCCAGCAGGCACUGCACAAGCCAGGAAACGAGGUCCAGUCUCUGGCAAAGCAAGCAGAAGAGCUGUGAGUGCUGCCAGUCUUGGCAAGCAGCCUCUUCUGCAGGCGCAGUGGCUAGACCAAGUGGAAUCUUACAUUGCUGAGCAAAAGGCAGCUGGUGAUGGGGAUGUGGGUGAGGGGGAGGUGCAAGUGGCAUCUCUUACAAAAAGCAAAUCUGGACCUGUGGGAACAGCUGUGGAAGAGGAAGAGGUGGAUGGGGAACCAGAGGAAGAUGAGGAUGGGUUUGAUUAUGUGCCAGUGUUUGACCAGGCAGUGAACUGGGAGCAGACCUUCAGCAUGAGCAACCUGGACUUCCAUAUGCUGCGCACAGACUGGAUUGACCUGAAAUGCAACACAUCAGGAAACCUGCUGCUAAAAGAGCAAGAGGCCAUGGAAGUCACUCGUGUCUUCCUAAAGAAGCUCAGCCAGAAGAGUAAAGGGCAAUUGCAGCUGCAGCGUAUUGUAAAUGUGGAAAAACGCCAGGACCGCAUGCGGGGCAGCCGCUACCUGCUGGAACUAGAGUUGCUGGAACGAGGAGAGCGACUCGUCCGCUUCUCGGAGUACAUCUUUGCACGGGGAUGGCAGGGCGUCAGCGGGGAUGAGCAGGAGGAGCGGAACAUGAGGAACCUCGCAUGGGGUCGCCAGCGGCACCUGAUGGCUGUGGCUGAUGAGCCAGAGCUGUGCUGGCCCCAGGGCUUCACCUGGAACCACCGUGCUGUGGUUCACUUCGUUGUGCCAGUGAAAAACCAGGCACGGUGGGUGCUACAGUUCAUUUCUGACAUGGAAGAGCUAUUCAGAGUCACUAAGGAUCCACACUUCAGCGUUAUCAUCACAGACUACAGCAGCGAUGACAUGGAUGUGGAGAAGGCUCUGAAAAGGUCUAGCUUACACAGCUAUCGGUACUUGAAGCUGACUGGGAAUUUCGAGCGUUCUGCUGGGCUGCAGGCAGGGAUAGACCUUGUGAAGGACCCACACAGCAUCAUUUUCCUGUGCGAUCUCCAUAUUCACUUUCCGGCUGGAGUCAUUGAUUCAAUUCGGAAGCACUGUGUAGAAGGCAAGAUGGCAUUUGCACCCAUGGUCAUGAGGUUGCAUUGUGGCAUGUCCCCACAGUGGCCUGAUGGCUACUGGGAGGUGAAUGGGUUUGGUCUCCUUGGCAUAUACAAGUCUGACCUGGACAAGAUUGGAGGAAUGAACACAAAAGAAUUUCGGGAUCGCUGGGGAGGAGAGGACUGGGAACUUCUGGACAGGAUUUUACAGGCUGGCCUGGAAGUGGAGCGUCUCUCCCUGAGGAACUUUUUCCAUUGGUAUCACUCAAAGCGAGGCAUGUGGAACCGACGCCAGCUGAGGACAUCGUAGCCUUCAACCCCAAAGCUGCCUGUCGGAGUCAUCCACCAUCUCAGCCCAGCAAGCACUUUAUCUAGGCAUGCAGCUGAGUGCACGUGCUCUUUCUCUCUCUCCAGAGUCCUCCUGUGAAACAGCACAGCUGACGAAGGGACAGUCAGACUGGAGGAGCAGGAACUUCUCUUGGGAGCUAUUGCCUCCGAGAUGUGGGUUCCUUGUCUUGCUGGGGAGUUUUGUGGGGGAGCUUGAGACAAGUGAAGGACUCGUAUUUCCUGCCAUGCAGGCUAGUGGAUGGUACAGUGAAAGAGGUGCCAUAUUUCCUAUUGUGUCUUACAUGGCACAAAACAAAAAGGAAAAAAUCCCAGCUAAACACAGAAUGGAUUAUUUAAGGUAAUGCAACUUCUCUCUCAAUACUUGAAGAAAGAAAAUAGGCAAAAAAAGCAAAAUACAGACACACACACACACACACACACACACACACACACACACACACACACACACACAGAAACAGGCUCUCAGGUAUCCAUGGUUUUGGCUAGGAGACCAAAAUAAUUUCUCUGAACUGUAUUGUGUCCACACGCCCAUGUAGUGACCCAACAAAGUCUGGAUGAGGAGGAACUGAUAGGCACUUUAGGUUGUUGACACUUAGACAUUUCUCUGUGCUUUUCACUUCAACCAAUACGAAAAUACACACUCAUAUUCAGCAAGGUAUCGGCUAUGGAUGGAGACUGAAGUUCACUUCUCUUAUUAAAGCUACAUUUGCCUGCAGCUGGGCGAUGUGGCAGGGGCUGAUGUUACAACUCCACCUGAAUUAUUUAUCUACUGCCUGAGGCUAGUUAUACAGAGUAUCUAGGAGGCACCUCAGGAGGAACUUAGCAGCCUUAUCUGACAAACAUGUGUUUGUCCUAACAAUAUCAGGGAAACCUUAGCAGGGAAGAAGUGGCAAUAUUUUAUUAGUUUAAAAUUGUGAUUUUGCUAGAAAAAGAGGAGACAGAAUAUUCUGCUUUCUAAGUCCUGUACAUUUAUGCAGCAUCUAAAGGUUAAUUUAAUAAGUUAUGGCUUCACAGUUACGUCCUGUCAUAGCUUGACUUUUAUGUAAAGAGCAGGCUUGUUUAUACUGAAGAACAGGCACAGUUUCUGGAACAGUCCUAGGAGCUCUGGCCUGGUAUCAAGGAGAUAGUCUCAGGACUUGGCACUUGCACUGGGAGCAGAAGAGCAAUGAGGACAGGAGAGGGCUGAGUGAAUAAAAGGAUGAGCAGACCGAUGCCAGCAUUGUGGAAAUGCUCUGCUCACAGUUGGCCUGACUCUAGAGUGAAUUCUCAGCCCCUGAAACUCCUGCCCGUGCAAGGCAAGAUUUUUACUCCCAGUAUCCAUUUUACAGGACUGUAGAGGCACAGACAUCCACAGCGCAGUCAGUGCUCUGCACUGGAGCUUCAGUUUCCCCAAACCCUCCUGAAAAGGCUGCUACUGAUAUCAAGAAUCAGGAAGAGUAUGACAUAAGAUGCAGCUUGCGGCUCCCAGCUCUGAGAGGAGUCAUUGAAAAGCAAGUAAUUAAGGUCUGUAGGAUACAAGCAAUGUUGACUUGAUAUACUAGUGUUUUUUUACUUUUACACUGAUGGAGUGGAUGCCAAUUCAGAAUAGGUUUUCAUUUAUUAUUAAUUCUGUGGUGCUUGACAAGUUCAUCAAAUCCCAGUAUUGCUAGUAGAAUACUGAACAUCCAGGUUCUGGCAUGCAGAGUAUAAGGUUGCCGUAGUGUGAGUUCUGUGGCUGAUGGAGUCAGAUUUGAGGAAGCUAUACUGUGCAGUGUGCAGACGUGGUGAAAAGUGCGCGAGAGACUACUGUAUCUGUUAAUUCAUGGAGCCUUUGUCAGAAUUUAGACAUUGAAUAUCUAAGAAGAGGCAGCCAUAACCUUCUGCUCAAAUCGUGGCAGUCUUUUUAAUGAGGGAAGGGAGUUUCCACAUAUAGAGACUAAGAAAUGAAACGCUGCAGUUCUGGGGUGAGGGAAGAGGCUGACAACUUUUUUUUUCUUUCUGUGGUACUGAAGUUUAAGAGGAAGAGGCCUGUGAUGCACUGUUGUAAUAAGCUCUGUCUCUGCCUGGUGCGUGCAGUAUCAGCUGCACACCGAGUGCACGUUGGAGCUUGCGCUUUGCUCACUAGCACAGGCACAACCCCACGACUAAGCAAGCAGGUCUUUCGCCAGACUCUGGCACUGCAGGUUUCACAGCUUGUCUGGACUGGCUCUAUCAAACAGUUCCUGUGGGACGGGGAUAGGCCGGUGGAGAGGACAAGCAGCAGGGAUGCGGGGAGGUGUUAGCAGAACUCGCGGUUCUGCCCCAGGAAGCCAAGAGGAGCGUUAUGCCUGUUCUGCAGAUGGGCAGCUAACAGCUUCAGGAAUAACCCUUGCACCAUACACAGGGUUGUUCAUACCAUGUUCAAGAAGGGUUGUUCAUACCAUGUGCUUUCACAUCUGGCUUAGAUGUGAUUUGUAGCACCUAAAGUCAGCACCCUGCAUUCAUCUACAGACAGUAGAGAGAAUUAGGUGCUUCCAGAAGGUAAUUCACAGGCUCUGCCUUGGUAUGAGUACUUGGUAUGAAUAACUCCUCUUCUACACCAGAGAGGAUAAUCAGCAAAGAGGGGUCUAGAAAUUAGGGUACAACCCUCUCUGCCAGCAGAAUUUGAGGACUUCACCCCCAUGUUUUAGCUGUCCAGGAGACUUCAUGCCUUUUCACCUAGACCAAUAGCAAGCAGAACUGUUUACCUCGUAAGGACUCCCUGGUGGGUAUGAAAGGAGUUACUGGGUCUCAGUCCAGUUUCCCAAGGGCCAGUAACCCUGCUGUAAAAACUGCUGUCACAGUUGUUCUUCUGUUCCUAGCACAAUGGGGCCCCGUUCUUAGUCAGUCUUUAUACAUCGGCGUUGUAAAGUUGAUUAAUACUAAUUGGCACUAGUUGGCAGCCUCCAUGGAGGAGCUUGCAGAGAGCCUGUGGGGACAGACCUUGUCUUCCCGCUCACAAGGUACCCACUCAGACUGCUGUGGGCUGUAAGAUGAGAGAGGGCUACACGCUCCGUGACUUCUGGACCAGCAUGAAAUCUUGCAGGAGCACUGCCAGGCUUUGCCCUUGGGCUGCUGCUCCUGUUCCUAAACAACCUAUAUUUUUUUCCUCCCCCGAACAAAGCUAUGAAGAGCAGGAGAGCAGGGAGUGCGGCAGGAACAGCAGGACCUACAGCCAUGCAGUGACAGGGUGCAGCAGGGCAGGGCUGUAGCCCGGCCAUCACAACCCGACAGGCAGCUUACCUCUGUUUGGCAGUUGUUUCCUGCACCACCAUACGGCCGAUAGCGUGGCACAGCAUUUGCUACUGCUGUGAAGAAGGCUUAUCUCAGGAAUCUGCACAACUCCCGGAGAGCUGAAGGGAAGCUGGCUUUACCAAAGCAGGGAAGCUGACUUCCCCAUAAAGUCGUUCUUGUUUCUGUCACAGGGAUUUCUUAGGAAGCUUUGCCUGAGUUUGCGGUGAAGUUUGCCCUGCAGUUCUGGCCUUCAUAUGCAUUCUAGCUGUGUCCUGGCUUGAUGGGAGAAGGCAAUUGGUUGCACGUGCUUUCCUGUGUAUCAGACACACAGGCCAGAAGGGAGCACUCCAGCAGGUCACUGGAUGGGAACAGUUGGGGGAAUGAUGAGGCACGCUGCAGAACAGGCGGUCCCUGCCGCCAGGAGGAGGCCAGGCAGGGGACCCUGGCCCCAGGAGUGUGGGAUGCACUGAAAAGUGGCUCUGCCCACAAAUGCUGACUCUGUCACCAAACUUUUUUUCAUUCCUGAAUGAGUCAUGGGCCUGAUAUUUAUUUGCAGUCCAGCAAAGGGAAUGAAGAAGGACUGGGUUUUAUUAUGAAAGAAAUGUAUUGUGUGAAAAUAAUAAUGUGACUUGUUUUGUCAUUGUCUUUAAUAUUCUCCUGAUAUCAACAUCUUGCCUUCUUCUCAUGGCUUAUAAAUGUCUAAGUUGUUUGUUUUUUAGAUACCAAUGCCUUGUGUUAAAAAUCUGGACUAUACCUUUGAAUUCUUUGCCUUAAAGUGACUCUGUGCCUUCAGGAUAACUCCUGGACUACACCUCUGUUAAUAUCUGGGGAUAUACUGGUUCUCCCCCACAUUUUAUAAAUACAUUGUCUUCCUACAAGA